AUGAAGCAGACCAUUGCCGACGUCUAUACCAUGUCGCGGGAGGAUUGGCUCACAAGCCACACCAACCAAAUCACUCUCACGGUGGAACAGCUAAUGUGGGCACGCAGUAUCACCGAGAUUUUGGAUGGAGACGGCGAUCGUUUGGCGGGCAUGCAAGACUACGAAAAGAAGUCUUACGAGGCACUAAAUGGUCUUGCUAAAAUGGUCCGAGGCAAACUGCCAAAACUAAUCCGCAUGCUGAUGUGUUCACUGAUCACCAUUGACGUGCACGCCCGAGACAUGGUCACUGAAAUGGUUGCUAAUAAGGUGGAUUCUUCCAGUAAUUUCGAUUGGCAACGUCAGCUUCGGUACUACUGGGACACAGAAAUUGACAACUGUGUUGUGCAUAUGUCCACUUCAAGGUAUGUGUACGGGUAUGAGUACCUGGGAGCUUCUCCUCGCCUCGUCAUUACUCCGCUCACUGACAGAUGCUACCUCUGUCUGAUGGGCGCUCUGCAGUUGGAUCUGGGAGGAGCACCAGCCGGACCCGCAGGUACGGGGAAAACAGAGACAACCAAGGAUUUGGCCAAAGGUCUAGCAAAGCAGUGUGUAGUCUUCAACUGCUCCGAUGGGUUGGACUACAAAAUGAUGGGCAGGUUCUUCUCCGGUUUGGCUCAGUCCGGUGCCUGGUGUUGCUUCGAUGAGUUCAAUCGAAUCGACAUUGAAGUCCUGUCAGUCAUUGCACAGCAGCUCAUCACCAUUCGGCUAGCAAAGGCCGCGAAGGUGGGUCUUCCUGUUUGGGUUUUUGUAGCCAGUUGCUUCUGGCAGAAGUCUCGGUUGCUAGUGUUUGUCUCUAGCGUCUAG